UCAGAUAAUGAAAUCUCUUCAGACUGCAAUCACCUCUUGUGGAACUACAAGCUGAACCUCACUACAGAUCCGAAGUUUGAAUCUGUGGCCAGGGAAGUCUGCAAGUCCACUAUUGCAGAGAUCAAGGAGUGUGCAGAUGAGCCUGUUGGCAAAGGCUUCUUGGUGUCCUGUUUGGUGGAUCACAGAGGCAACAUCACUGAGUAUCAGUGCCAUCAGUACAUCACCAAAAUGACAGCCAUUAUCUUCAGCGAUUAUCGGUUGAUCUGUGGCUUUAUGGAUGACUGCAAGGCUGACAUUAAUCUCCUGAAAUGUGGCAGCAUUCGACCUGGAGAAAAGGAUGCCCACUCACAAGGAGAGGUGGUGGCAUGCCUGGAAAAAGGCCUGGUGAAAGAGGCAGAGGAGACUGAUCCUCGAAUUCAGGUGUCUGAGCAGUGUAAGAAGGCAAUUCUUCGUGUAGCUGAGCUCUCUUCGGAUGACUUCCAUUUGGAUCGACAUCUCUACUUCGCAUGCCGAGAUGAUAGAGAACGAUUUUGUGAAAAUACUCAGGCUGGGGAAGGCAGAGUCUACAAGUGCCUCUUUAAUCACAAGUUUGAAGAAUCGAUGAGUGAAAAGUGUCGUGAUGCGCUGACGACCCGCCAGAAGCUGAUUGCCCAAGACUACAAAGUCAGUUACUCGCUGGCAAAGUCCUGUAAAAGUGAUCUGAAGAAGUACCGCUGUAACGUGGAGAACCUGCCCCGGUCUCGGGAAGCCAGGCUUUCCUACCUGUUGAUGUGCUUGGAGUCUGCAGUGCACAGAGGUCGACAAGUGAGCAGCGAGUGCCAGGGUGAAAUGUUGGACUACCGGCGCAUGCUAAUGGAAGACUUCUCACUGAGCCCCGAAAUCAUCCUGAGCUGCCGAGGGGAGAUUGAGCACCACUGCUCUGGUCUGCACCGAAAGGGGCGCACCUUGCAUUGCCUCAUGAAAGUAGUGCGGGGCGAAAAGGGAAACGUUGGCAUGAAUUGUCAGCAGGCGCUUCAAACACUGAUUCAAGAAACCGACCCUGGCGCAGAUUACCGCAUUGACCGAGCGCUGAAUGAGGCCUGCGAGUCAGUGAUCCAGACUGCCUGCAAGCACAUACGGUCUGGAGACCCAAUGAUUCUGUCUUGCCUGAUGGAGCACUUGUAUACUGAGAAGAUGGUAGAGGACUGUGAGCAUAGGCUCCUGGAGCUCCAGUAUUUCAUAUCUCGAGAUUGGAAAUUGGAUACAGUCCUUUACCGCAAGUGUCAGGGAGAUGCCUCCCGUCUCUGCCAUACUCACGGCUGGAAUGAGACUAGUGAGCUGAUGCCUCCAGGGGCUGUUUUCUCCUGCUUGUACAGGCAUGCAUACCGGACAGAGGAGCAGGGAAGGAGGCUAUCACGAGAGUGCAGAGCAGAGGUCCAGAGAAUCCUCCAUCAGCGUGCCAUGGAUGUGAAGCUUGACCCAACACUCCAGGACAAGUGCAUGAUUGACUUGGGGAAAUGGUGCAGUGAAAAAACUGAGACAGGGCAGGAGCUAGAAUGCCUUCAGGACCACCUUGAUGACUUGGUGUCUGAUUGCAGAGACACAGUGGGAAACCUCACUGAGCUGGAGUCUGAGGACAUUCAAAUCGAAGCCUUGCUGAUGAGAGCGUGUGAGCCCAUUAUCCAGACGUUCUGUCAUGAGGUUGCAGAUAACCAGAUUGAUUCUGGGGACCUGAUGGAGUGUCUGAUCCAGAACAAACAUCAGAAGGAAAUGAAUGAAAAAUGUGCAAUUGGAGUUACUCAUUUCCAGCUGGUUCAAAUGAAAGAUUUUAGGUUCUCAUACAAGUUUAAAAUGGCUUGCAAGGAAGACGUACUGAAACUUUGUCCCAACAUCAAAAAAAAGGUGGAUGUUGUGAUCUGUCUGAGCACAACUGUGCGCAAUGAUACUUUGCAGGAUGCCAAGGAACACAGGGUGUCUUUGAAGUGCCGCAAACAGCUGCGUGUUGAGGAGCUAGAGAUGACUGAGGAUAUCAGACUUGAACCAGAACUGUAUGAGGCUUGUAAAAGUGACAUCAAGAAUUACUGCCAAAACGUGCCCUAUGGCAAUGCUCAGAUUAUUGAAUGCCUGAAAGAAAUCAAAAAGCAGUUGAGUACCCGGUGCCACCAGAAGGUGUUUAAACUGCAGGAGACAGAGAUGAUGGAUCCAGAACUGGACUACACACUCAUGAGAGUCUGCAAGCAAAUGAUUAAGCGGUUUUGUCCAGAGGCAGACUCAAAAAAUAUGUUGCAGUGUUUGAAACAAAACAAGAACAGUGAAGUGAUGGAUCCUAAAUGCAAGCAAAUGAUUACCAAGCGCCAGAUAACACAGAAUACAGAUUACCGCUUAAAUCCAGUGCUCAGGAAGGCAUGCAAAGCAGACAUCCCAAAAUUUUGCCAGAAUAUCCUGAAUAGAGCCAAGGAUGAUACUGAGUUGGAAGGGCAAGUCAUCUCAUGCCUGAAGUUGAAAUAUGCGGACCAGCGUCUCUCUCAAGACUGCGAGGACCAAAUUCAAGUGAUAAUCCAGGAAUCAGCUCUUGAUUAUCGGCUGGAUCCCCAACUCCAGAUGCACUGCUCUGACGAGAUUUCCAGUUUGUGCGCGGAAGAAGCAGCGGCUCAGGAGCAGACUGGGCAGGUGGAAGAAUGCCUGAAAGUGAAUCUGCUGAAAAUAAAAACUGAAAUGUGCAAGAAGGAAGUGCUCAAUAUGCUGAAGGAAAGCAAAGCAGAUAUAUUUGUUGACCCAGUGCUCCACACAGCCUGUGCCCUGGAUAUCAAGCACCACUGUGCUGCCAUUCCACCAGGGAGAGGACGCCAAAUGUCAUGCUUAAUGGAAGCUCUGGAAGAUAAACGUGUGAGGUUGCAGCCUGAAUGCAAGAAACGCCUUAAUGAUCGUAUUGAAAUGUGGAGCUAUGCUGCAAAGGUUGCCCCAGCAGAAGGCUUUUCUGAUCUUGCCAUGCAAGUUAUGACCUCUCCAUCCAAGAAUUACAUACUGUCUGUGAUCACAGUUGGCAUCUGUGUACUCUUCCUCGUCGGCCUGAUGUGUGGACGCAUCACCAAGCGGGUAACAAGAGAGCUCAAGGAUAGGUAGAGCCUGGAUUGCCUGCUGAAGAAAUGCCUGCCCAGUGCCCAGUUUUGUACAGCCCUCCUCUGUAUAGUCAACCAACCCCCUCUUGUGAGAGGAGAAUAAAAA